AUGAUUCGACUAACAAAAAAAAUAAUACGAGUUCUAACAUUUGGUAAUCAUUCAUGUUUUGCAUUACUUUUUUAUUUAUGCUUAUUUGGUAUUUUUGCUGUAAUUCUAAGUGGAAAUUCAACCAGAGCAAAUCCAUUAGAUCAAAUAAAAUCAGAGAGAGAUAAUAAUUAUAAUUAUAAUUAUAAUAAUAAUAAUAAUAAUAAUAAUGGUUUCAAUAAUUAUGAUAAUAUUAAUGUAAAUUUAGUAGAAGAAAAAAAGAAACAACUUAUUUUAAUUGAAAAUGCAAAACAAAAUGGAGAAAAAGUAAAUGGGAAUCGAUCAAAGAUAAAUUAUAAAAAUAAUGUGACACAUAUUACUGAAGAAAAUAAUGUGGAGAAAAGUUUUAAUGAUAACGGUAGUAGUAAUGAAAUAAAUAAUAUACGUAAAAAUAAAUUAUUAGAAAGAGAAAAACAAGAAAUGCUUGAGUAUCCAAUGUUAUCACCAACAAAUACAUUUAUUCCAACAAAAAGAUAUAUUCAUUUAGAUUUAAAAGGUGGAGUAUAUAAAAUAGAUUUUUAUAAAAAACUUUUUGAAUUUCUUAAAAAGAUUGGUUCAAAUGGUUUAUUAUUAGAAUGGGAAGAUGUUUUUCCAUAUAAGGAUAAAUUAAGUGAUGCAGUUAGUGGUGAAGCAUAUAAUUUAGAUGAUGUUGAAAAAAUUAUAAAAAUGGCUAUUGAUGAUUAUGAUUUUGAUAUAAUACCAUUAGUUCAAACUUUUGGUCACCUUGAAUGGAUAUUAAAAUUAAAAAAAUAUUCACAUUUAAAAGAAUCAUCAAGACAUCCACAAACAUUAUGUAUUGGUAAAGAUGAAGCAUUUGAUAUUAUAAAAAGUAUGAUUGAUCAAGUAGGUGAAAUACAUAAUAAAUAUGGAAUGAGAUAUUUUCAUAUUGGUGCUGAUGAGGUAUAUCAAAUAGGAAUAUGUAGUGAAACAACAAAUAUUAUGAAUAAAAAUAAUUAUGAUGUUGAAAAAGUAAUGUUAUGGCAUAUUAAACGUGUUGCUGAAUAUGUUAAAUCUAAAUAUAAUGUAUCAGUACUUAUAUGGCAUGAUAUGUUAGUUCAAGUUCCUGAAGAAUAUUUGGUACAAUUUAAGUUAACUGAUUUAGUUGAACCAGUAUUAUGGAGUUAUGCAGAAAAUUUAGAUUAUUAUUUACCUUUUCAAACAUGGUUAUCAUUAAAACCAUUUAAAAAAGUAUGGGGAGCUAGUGCAUUUAAAGGUGCUGAUGGUCCACAACGUUACACAACAAAUGCAGAACAUUAUAUAAAAAAUCAUGAAAGUUGGAUAAAACAAAUGACAAAUGUUUAUAAACAUUUUGAUACAUUUCAAGGUUUAAUAUUUUGUGGAUGGAGUCGAUAUGAUCAUAUGGCAAUAUUAACUGAAUUAAUUCCUGUAUCAUUACCAUCAUUAGCUUAUAGUAUGGAAACAAUAAUAAAAGGUCAACCAUUAAAUAAUAAAUAUCCAAAAAGUAUAAGUAUUUUAGGAUGUAAUGCUCCAACAACAAUAAAUGAUUUUGUAUAUGGUUGUACAUUUCCAGGUUAUACUAUAUAUGAAACAAUAAAUGAUUUAGGAAAACUUGAAAAACGUUUAACAGAUUAUUUUCUUUUAGAUCAUGAAUAUGGUGGAUGGAUGAAUGAUUAUAAUAUGAAAUAUAAAAUUUCACAACCAAUGAGAGAAGAAAAAACACGUGAAAUUCUUGGACAAGAAGUUCAUUAUAUAUUAGACUUAUCAAAGAAAAUUCGUUUAGAGUUAGAAAAAAUAUACUCAACAGAGACAGCUGAUGAAUUUUUAUAUACACAUGCACGUCCUAUAUAUGAAAAACUAACAAAAGCAUUAAAAUUUGCUGAAGAAAUUCUUAAAACAGAGACCUUUCCAAAAAGGCCAUUUGUAGAAUACAAAGAGCUUUAA